GCGGCUCCGCGAGGCGCGGCCGCCCCUUCUCCGCCCCGGCGCCGGAGAGCGGCCGGCGGGAGCGGCCCUCCUUCCCUCCGCGAGGGCGGGCGGAGAGCGGCGGCGCCGCGCGGGAGGCGCUCCGGAGCCAUGCGGGAGUACAAGGUGGUGGUGCUGGGCUCGGGCGGCGUGGGCAAGUCCGCCCUCACCGUGCAGUUCGUCACCGGCUCGUUCAUCGAGAAGUACGACCCCACCAUCGAGGACUUCUACCGCAAGGAGAUCGAGGUGGACUCCUCGCCGUCCGUGCUGGAGAUCCUGGACACGGCGGGCACCGAGCAGUUCGCCUCCAUGCGGGACCUCUACAUCAAGAACGGGCAGGGCUUCAUCCUGGUGUACAGCCUGGUGAACCAGCAGAGCUUCCAGGACAUAAAGCCCAUGCGGGACCAGAUCAUCCGCGUCAAGCGGUACGAGCGGGUGCCCAUGAUCCUGGUGGGCAACAAGGUGGACCUGGAGGGCGAGCGGGAGGUGUCCUUCGGGGAGGGCAAGGCGCUGGCCGAGGAGUGGAGCUGCCCCUUCAUGGAGACCUCGGCCAAGCACAAAGCCUCGGUGGACGAGCUGUUCGCCGAGAUCGUCCGCCAGAUGAACUACGCCGCGCAGCCCGGCGGGGACGAGCCCUGCUGCGCCGCCUGCGCCAUCCUCUGAGCGCCCGCGGGGACGGACGCGGCCCCGCACCGCCCGGGCCGGGCACGGGGCGCCGCCUCCCGCCCGCCCCGCCGCGCUGCUCCGCUCCGGGCCGCGGCCGUAACGGGGUCGGCCGGGCGCCCCGACACGCUAUGCAAGGUGGAGCGCGGCGCGGGGAGCGGCGCGUCCACCCGGACCGGGACCGGACGGAGCGCGGGGCGGCGCGACCGCCUGUGAAAGGAUUCCCUAUUUUGUUGACCUGCUGUAUCCCGGGGGGUCCGCAGGAGAUUGGCAGGGCGUUAUUUUUUAAUGGUUCUUUUUUUUGCGAUCAGCUGUGAAAACGUUACAAGUCUGCACAAUGUUUAGGUGUGCGUGCGUGUGUGAUUUCGUUAUUUUAUCCCCCCCUCCGGUGGGUGAGAGGGGCGUUCCUUCCUUCCCGGGCUCUGUCUGGGUCGGCGCUGCCCGCAGUGCCCCGCUCCGAGCGGCACGGCCCCCCCGCACCCCGUGCCCGCAGUGCCUUCCCCGCACCCCGUGCCGGCCGGUGCCAACCUGUGGGCGCCGCAGAAUCCCCUUCUCUGCCACUCGGAACCCACACGCAGUUCCCUCUCAGUAAUCGUGCCGAACAGGCCAGGACAAAAGGGCCCAUUGUUGGUGGGAUUUAUUUCUUGUUUCCACCCGAGCCUUUUAGCUGUAAUUUCCACGUCUUGCAAGUUUGGCCUUCAUUUACUUCAAAUUUGUGAGAAUUCAGCAUUUUGGGACUUGGUGGGCUUUUUUUUCCGCCUCCUUCUUUGUGUUUUAUGAUGAUUGUUGUGUGGGGUGAACCUCCAGCCAGCAGCGGAAGAAAUCUCAACAUUGCGACGUACCAAGAAAAUUCUAACACCUGUCCUUUUGAUUCCAGACUUGCAGUUAAGAGAUGUCUAUCCAUUUUAAGAAUUUUAAUACAAAUGCUGUUUUUUAGAAAACAACUUUGUGCGCUUCUGUGUACUACGUGGAACAAACGUUAAUUGUUAAAGGUUAAUUACAUCGGCUGUUAAUCCUGGUUCAUAGCAUAGUCACAGUAAGAAGGGUGUGAGGGGCUUCAUUUAGCUGAGGAUGGUGUUUAAACAAAACGGCCAAAUGCCGAAGCCCAAGAUGACUGAAUUGCCAGUGGAACAGUAAGACAGAAUUUCACUUGCGUUUGGGUCCCAGUGAAGGCAGCAGGCGCGGAGCGCUGCGCUCAGCGGGCAGCUGUAGGAAGCCCUGUGCUGUAACAGCAGUGUCUCAGAAGGUUAGCACCCUGUUCUUCGCUAUGGGCGGCCUGGUUUGGUAGAGCAAGAGUCUGAAAGUCAGUUAUUUGUGACAUCUCCGCUUUUCAUCUCUUUGCAUUUUAAUGCCUGGAAAUUGUGGUUUCCUGAUUUGAAGAGGGAGCGGGGUGGGAGGACGCUGUACCUUCAGUGAGCUGGGGCACCUGGGCUUUGCUGAUCUCUUUUACCUUUCUCUCUUAGCUCCUCUUCAAAGACUAGCACACAAAAAGUGCAGCUUUCUCUCCCUGCCGAGAAAACUUGAAAUUGUCUUACUGGAUGAAAGCAGAAAUUGAGCAGUGCUGCAUGAAGGGUUUUUAGUUAGGCCGGCGCGAUCUGGCUGCCUCGAUGCCCAACAUUGAUCUGAUCAUUUCUUCUUUUAAGUAGGAAAGCUUUCUGCUUCAGCGCUGGCAGAAGUGGCUUUUGUUAAAUUCACCCCAAUGAUUGACAUUAAAAUUACAAUAUUAUGUUUUAGUUGAAGAUCGGGUAUUGAUUUUAGCAGCAUCCAAUACCUACUAAAAAAUUGGAUGCCGAGUAUUAGGGGCUUCUUUUAACAGGAAUGAUGCAUUGGAAAGAAAGCUUGACUGCAGGCAUAUCUUGCACUGAAGUUUACAGAAGAAAAUUUGCCAUAAAUUCACAUCUCAGCUAUUGCGAUGGUCAACGUUUGCCUUAAAUUCAGUGAGACUGUGUAGUGUUCAGCACCUAACCGGCCUCGUGCCAGAUCGAUGUAUUGAAAGCAAGUCGUUCAGCUUGGUAAAAGCAGUUCUCUGCAGCAGACAGCAGAUCUGUCAUGUUUCGUAGUGCCUCCUGUUUUCCUGUUGCCCGUGUUGUGAUUGAGGAAUGAUGUACAAAUGGAUGUUAGCAGCAUACGGUGGGACGCAGAGUCCCGUGUUCCUUAGCCUGGCAGAGCAGCUGAAGGCAACUAAGGAAACUCUGGACCGUGCUGGCUUUUUUUGUAGCUCUACUCUUAAUUCUUGCCAAAAAGGGGUGUUCGUCAAACGGCGAAGGAUUAGAGAAACCAUGGCGUGGGUCUGACGGAGUUCUGAAUGUAUUGAGGUGUUCAGUGUUCUCUAUGCCUUGGUGAGGACAGCACAAAAGUAGAACUCAGUGUUUGAUCUUCCAAAUCCUCUGAAGUGUUCUGGUGCUUGUUAAACAUAGGCCUUGUCUAUCAAGUAGAAACAAAAUCACACUGCUUUAACUUGACUGAAUAAUGAAAGCUAUAUUUGCUUCUACACUAGAAAAAAAAUGUUGUAUCAAUAUGAAGGUACUCUUUUAUUCCUUUUCCCUGUGGGAAUAUGUUAUACCAGUGUCAAUACAAAGGUGGUAUAUAGUUCUUUUCACAGUGAGAAUUGCAAAAAUGUAAUCGAUUUGGAAGAAAAAUUACAUUCCCAGCCAGAAUACUUCCUGACAGUGCAGAAAUUGUAUAAACAAGGCCUUGGUUUAAGGCUGGUCUUAUGACCACAUAUUUUGCUGUACAUAAUGAUGGUAUUUUUAAAAAUCCAAGCUUGUUCUAUCGCCAGAAAGCAUGCCUUUGAAAUCCCAGUCUCUGUGAUUGUAACCAUGCCGUAUUCCGGACUUCGUUGCAAAUACAAGUGUGGUUCUUCCCAACCCCGUGCUCAGGCUCUGUUGAUGUGUGCAGUUCUGAGGGCGGUGCUCAGUGCUCUGGCUGCGGGACUCCUGGAGGUUCUGCUGCUCUCAAAAGAAUGUGUGGCAGGCUUUUGUCAAAGAGCAUUUAUUUUCAAUAAAGGGCAGCUGGCUCUUUGUGACUUCUUCAUCUGGAUCCUCCUCGCGUGCAGGUGUUGCUGAGUUUCGCGUUUCCUCGAGGAGUGACAAAAUGCAAGAGCUUCCAUUUUCUCCAAGAGCUUUGUGUGAAAAGGAGCGGCGUCCUUGAAUCCUCUGCCGUUCAGAGUAAUGGCAGCUCCCCUGGACGGCCAUGGGAAGCGUUUGGAGCAGCGUGCCAUUAGGAGCCCUGUGACUCACAUGAGUAGAGCAGGCAGCCUGGGAGCCUUCGUGGCAGAGCUUUGCUGUACCCUGGAGGAGUGCUGCCAUCAGCGCCUGUCCGUGGGCUGAAGAGAGACUGCUUUGGAAGCAAGGAUGUGUGUGCGCUGUGUCAAAGGUGGGAUGGUCUUCAGUAAUGGCCUUCACAGCCCAGAGCCUCGUCAGCAGCAUUUAUAGCUUCGUACAGAACGUCUACGUCAAAAAGGCUCUUCUGUCAUAUUGCUGUAACAUCGUGGUCUGAAAUCUCAUUUUUUAGGAAUUCAGCAUCUGCCUGACUCCUAAAAUCUUUUAUUUGGAAGUGAGGAACUCUGACAAACAUAUGCACACAUAUGAGAGUGAUGAAAUAGCAAUGGUUCAAACGGUUAAAGGUGCCUGAGUGAGCUGAGCCCAGACACCUGGGGUGCAGCACUGGGCCGCCUUGGUUUGGCUUUAACUACUCCUCACACUGUGCCAGUCUGUAAUGGAGAAACUCUCUGUGUUUCCCAAGGAAGAGUGGUUGUGUGUGGUGUGUGCUUGUGUGUUUCUUCUGACAUGGCUGGAGUCAAAACUCUCAUCCUUAGCACCAGCAACCUCAGCCUCUGUGGUCUCCGUGCUGCACACUGUCACUACUGCACGGAGAAAACACGCAGUGAAACCUGAACUGCUCGAGAGAUGCUGCCAUUAAAAUUUCUCUGUAGCAGUCUUAUUUUUGGGGGGUAUGAGUACUCUAACCAAAACAUUGGGUGCUGAUAUAAUAUUGUUGAUGCCAAGCGUGGUGAUUCAAGUAGAUGACAUACUGUGCAAAAACCAAACACUAUAGAUAAAUACUUAAUCUGCAAAAUCUAACGUGUCUUAGAUCCUAUCUAAAAGACUGUAAAAUUAGAAGUGAAUUAACUAGAACUUGUAAGCUGUUCAAGUAAGUCUUAAAAGAUUGGAAGCAGCUGUUGUGCAGUAACUUUAAUAUCUCCACAGCAUCUGGGUCUUUGGGAAGUUUGGGCUCAGACCAGGCUAAGUGGUCCGGAGUCCAAAGCUUUGUUUUGACAAUCUGGGCAGAGGGAGGUUUUUAGAGAGUGUCAGACAUGUAACUUCAGCUUUAGUGAUUUAAGAAAACAUUUUACUUCUACAGAAUUCUUUGGUUUUGAGGGAACAUUAUAAAAAGUGCCUAAUGAAUAGAUCUAAAGUCCAGGUAAUGAAUUUCAGAUGUUUCUGCUGCAAGAAAUCCCUUGGCAAACAGUCUGAUCAGUGACGCUGAUUUUGGUGGUGUAUGGGAGCUGCUGAAUCACGGCCUGAGCCUCUGAUUGACCACCUGAGGUGAGCCGUGAGUCAGUCCUGGGAGCACAGGUGAAGGCAAUUCUCCUGUGCUGGGCUGCGCCUCUCCUAGAGCCCAUUUAAGAGCUGACUGCCACUGGGGAAGGGUCUCUCUUGGAGAUUGCUCCUCCUGGAGUCUUCUCAGCGAGCCCAGGACGAGGGUAAGCUUUUCAUCCAUUCUUCUGUGGUGUGAUAAUCUGUUUAUCCAAACUUUUCUGUUAAUUUCUUAAUUAUAACAUCUGUAUAUUCAUUGUUUAUACAGGUGGGUUGUUGCCUUUUUAUGUUAUGGCACUAGGAUGCAAUGGGAUGCUUGAGGUUAUUUGUGAGGAUGGUCGUUAAUCAGCUUUCAGGGAAAAACAACCCACCAAAGAAGUGUUUUCCCUUUGAGUUGGGAAUUGAGAAAGGUGCAGGCCAGCAUUUGUAUCGGUAUUCCUUUGCCAGUUUCUCUCUGGUAUGUCAGUGUUAUACUUUGUUUCUACCAUGCUACUGUGAAACCAAUUAAAUAAUUAGUGUGAAUACCUACAGAUUCAUGUUAUUUUGCUAGAGUUACAGGUAAGACCGUAAGCACUGAGCUGCAGGUGUAUGCCUGCAUUUGACCUGCUGUUAUUAAUAGGCAGGAUUAGCAGAUAUGGGCACCAGUGUGGGUGUUUGGAAAGAAGUCUCAGUUUUGCCAUUAAAAGUUCUGCACUGCAGGUGUUCCUGAGGCACACGGCUGUCGGUGAGCUGCGUGCCCACUUGUGUUCUGCAGAGUGAGGGCAGGCAGCAGGAGGUGCAUGUCCAGGGGCAGGAGCACGGUGCAUCCUUACUUGCAGCCAGCAUUUCAGUUCCUCGCCUUCUUGCUGUCUCCAGGCAGCUUACAGCACCUGUGCCGUGAGGAGGGGUGAGGCCUGGCCUGCUGGCUGUCAGGUGCCCCCUCGCCCUGUGGAGUGCCAUGCCCUGCUUCUGGCUCCCUGCUUCAGUGUGCAAUUCCUGUAUACUUGUAGCACUCCUGUUCUGCUUUCCACACCUCCAUUUUUGCACUGCGUGUUUUGUCAAAGCAUCACCUCUGGUCUGGGUGCGCUGAUUUCUCCUGAGGUUUUCAGACUGGAGUUGCAGUACCAAAUGAAAUAAAGGAAGAAGAUGGAGAGAGUGUAAGGAUGCUGCAGAAAUGUUUCUUGCAAGAGGAUGUGACCUUUUUCCUAUAAGACAGAGGCAAACAUUGGAAGCCAAUUUUUCAAUGAAUGUCUAGCAGAGAUCUUAGUUUAAUUAAGCCUUAUGCUUAAUUCAGAAGACACACUUAAGAGCACUUUGAGUUGGAGGCAGAGCACUUGGAUGAUUUCAGAGAAUUAUCUUUGCCACUUUCACCACCUGGUACACGUGCUCUGUAUUUGCUUUUGUGUGUCCAGAGAGCUGGCAUGCAAGAGAGGUCUUGCAUAGGUAUCCUGACAGUGCUUUUCAUAUGUGCAUUCUAUGGAUGGAUUCUGGGGGUGAAAGCAGAAUCUUUCUGUUUUUUUUUUUUGUUUUUUUUUUUUUUGUGUAUUGUUUUUAAGAAACUGAUGUGACUUCUGUUAAAUUCCUCAGCUGCGUUGUGUUUCUGCCCCUGCACGUCACGGCCGGCGUGCUGGAGAGGCCUAUUUCUUUAGAAAUCUGGAGGUGAUCAGAAGUCGCACGUGUGCUUUUUUUCAGGCCCGUAACAAAAGUCAGUUUGAGGAUUGUUGUAUGUGUGUGUCCAUGAUGACCUGUGCGCUGAACAGUCUCCUCCUGUGCGUUCCUGUGAGGCAGGUGUACGUGACCAAGGGCUAGCAGUGUUGGGCCUGUAGAACACGGCCUGGGGAGGACAGGGAUCUCAGGUUUGUGGUGUGAGACAGGAGCAUGCCUGCAGGCACAGGGUGCUCUGGGAGAGAACUGCUUGAAAUUUUCUGUUUCAUGGGUAAAAUAAUAGCCUUCUGUUAGUGUCUGCCAUGGGCACAGUGGCUCCUAACCUUCAGAUUUAUUUCUCUUUUUCCUCCCUGCCUCCUGGGCGAGUCUGUACUUCCCUGCUCUGGGCUGCAUGCAGCCAUACCCGCGCAGCUUGGGCUGACCUCUGAUUUCAUGUCUUGUAACCUAUUGGGCACAAAACACACAUUUGUAAAGGCUGAAAUUCUGGAUUAAAUGUGCACGGUCUUUGGAAGGCCAUCUGAUGUCCCUGUGUGUUGUUACCGAGCAGUAGCAGCAUCUGUUGCACUACACAAGUUCAUGAAAGCAUCCAUUUUAAAGCGAGUAGAUGUCAAAUUGGUGAUGUGCUAAACAGUUAUUUUUCUAAAUCAUAUGUUUUCCCAGCCCAAAUCUCAAAGAGGUGCUGAGGGGCUGUUGGGCUGUUCUAAGAGCUGAUAUGUAUGUCAUGCAGUUCAUAAGACCUUGUGAACAUCUGCUGUGGAUUUCAUUGGUUCUGAGUGGAUUCAAAACUGUGAAGAAAGUUUGUGCAGCUGGUUUUAUGCACCAGGGGUGAUGUGGCACCAGGUCUUCCUAGCUUCUGCACGCUAUAGCUCACCAAAAUCUCUGCUAACCUGGGUGGCACUUGGCGAUGGUCGCAGUGUGACUCAGCUGGGAGCCGUGUGUAUUUAAGUAUUACAUUUGUGAUAGUUUUAUUCCGUGGAUGAACUGUGGUGAUGCUACAUACCUCAAUUCGGUAUUGGGAGUUUCCUGCCAAGUUUACUUGAUGAUUAACGGAGUUAAGAUGAAAGCAUGCUAAUGAAGUACUUGAGUAAUUAAGUUUCUAAUACUUGAGAUCUUGAUUUCCAGUCUCUUUUGAAUACUCACCUGCAUUCCAGACUGGCUGUUCUUCUGUUGGGUUCCUUGUUUCAAAUACUGUGUUUCCCUUAGUAUGGGUUCUGAUUUUUCUUUAGCUGUUGGAUCUUUUGCGUUUUUCUUAAACCACAGGAAAAAACAGGGAGAAGAUUUGCAUUAGAAUUACUGUACAUCAUGAGCUGCCUAGAUUCCAGCAAUACGUGCCCUACGUUUUAUGCAUUUUUGCCAUGAAAACAAGGAGAAUACUGUAUAUGUAAGGUAUUUCCAAGGCUGGGACUUUCAGCAGAGAAACAGCUUGAAAAAAUUGAUUUACCAAAGAAUCAGGUCAGUCUGGUGGAGUGAACUAGAAUGCUCAUAGGUGCUUUGGUAUUCAUUUACUUACAGAAUUACUCUGCUAAAACCCUUGAGCAAAAGUCACAGAUUUCUAAGCAUAAAUAUUUAUGUAUGCAUACGAAGUUGUAUCUGGUAUCCACAAUUUGGGAAAUGUCCAGAUUUUUCUACUCUGGGCAUAGAAAACCAGGAAUAAGGUGCCUACAAGCACUGAAUGUUAGAGUAGUAGCAUAGAAAUAUAGGCAUGUAUUUAUACAGCCAGUUAGGAGCAACAAAACAGAGUCCUCUUGUUCCUUUUCAGGCAUUUUUGGCCUGGCACAAAUUAAUUUUCAGCAUUCCUAAGCCAGAAAAUCACAGCGGUUGUUCGGUGUGUGCAGCCUUGCACCAGCUGCAGGGGUGGCAACCAGUUAAACUAGUUGGAAGUGUCUGUGGUCAGUGCUGUCUGUGGAUGAACCUUCUAGCUCGUGUCUCACUGCUGCAUUGCUCGUGAUAAGUAAAUUGAAACCAAACCUGCCUUGACAGAAACACUAAGAGUUCGAGGAUGGGCAUUCUUGCAUUCCCUGGAGACUUUGUGAUUAAUUGGAAUUGCUCAAUGUGCAACUGGUCAUAGCUUGUUUCAGGUGUUGGUGAGAUGCUGACUUCCUGUAUCAGUCACUCAGGGGUUUUCAGCACUUAUUUAACAGAAAUUAAUUGAUGGGUAACCGGAGUUCACUUGGCAAGUGUGUUUGUGCAUACUGAUACAAAGACAUAAUUGUAAUAUUCCAGGAUGUAAACAGACCAAAGUGACACGUUCAGUGCCCUGGCUGUCUACAGCGGAUACAGUGGAACUUCUAAUGUAACUUCAGUGAUGUGUUGGUGGACACUGUUAGGAAUCCUAAGUAAUUCUGCAGGGUUUUGAAGCCCAGUUUGUUCUAAAUUGUGUGGUCAGUUUGAGAAAGAGCAUGUAAAAAACAAACAAACAAAAAAAAAGCCCACUGAAAUAUACUUUAAAAAUAACAUUGUUCUCUAAUCAUAGAAUGGCCUAGGUUGAAAAGGACCACAAUGAUCCGUCUAGUUUCAACCCCCUGCUAUGUGCAGGGUUGCCAAUCACCAGACUGGGCCGCCCAGAGCAUCCAGCCUGGCCUUGGAUGUCUCCAGGGAUGGGGCAUCCACAACCUGAGCAGUAACCCUUUAAAAGAGUUCUGGGUUCUUACUGCACAUGAAGUCCCUCUGACAGUAAAUGAGCUAGACGUUUUGACCACACAGCUUUCAGAAGAUGUCGCAGAUCCCCAGCAGAGCAGUGGUGCAGGGGCACAGGCUGCCCGCGGUGCUGGGCUCCUCGCACCUGGGUGUGCUCAGGAGGGCAGGGAUGGGCGCUGAGGGAGGUGGGCACAGGGUGCUGGGCUGGGGAUCUUAUGGGUCUUUUCCAAUUGUAAGUAUUCUGUGAUUCUUUGAUCUGACUGAGGCUCUUCGUCCCUGAGAGCGGCGCUCACCUGCUCAGUGAGGGCACUGGCAGCGCCUUCAGCCACACCAUGGGGAGUGGGGAGGACGCGGCUGUGCCUCCUGCCUGCGCUGCCCCCACUCAAAUGAGUCUGUUUCUUUUUUGUCUCGCUGCUCCUGAAUAUCUGCUUCAAAGAGGAUUUCUUUAUUGCUCUCCUUUACUCUUGGGAAGGAAGAAGGGAGUGAAAAGAGCCUCGUGUGGGGCGCAGGGAGCUCAUAGUAAGCAUUACUAUGAGCAUUAAAUGCAUUAUUGAGGAGGCUUAAUUGAAUGCCUUCCCCUGUGACUUUAGCUGGAUUUUCAGAUGUCUGAAAUGCAGCUUUCUAUAAACCUUUGUGGGUUUUUCUCAAAUUGAAGUCAUACUGGGGUAGUAUAAAUUGUGAAAUGCCAACUUAAAAUGGCAAAAGGUUGAUAGAAAGUAAAUUUGAUGCAUUUGUUUCUUUCCAUUCUAUUGGGAUUUAUAGUAAUUGUUCAGUGAGGUUUGUUCAUGCCUGUUGUUCACGUUCAUUAGGCAACCUUUUAUCCUUGCAGUGUUAUCUAAUCCAAUGUGCUGUGCAGAGGUGCUGUGUGCUGGCAGGCUGGGGGCUGAGCUGUGCACAGGGUGAGGCCUCUCCUCCAUCCUGGUUGUUUGUUGCAAAACUUCGAGACAUCAGUUCUGAAUAGGAUACCGACUACCAAAUCCUGCUUCUUUUUACUAUGUUUAAUGGCAUUUUUCUUGUGGGAAAAAUAAUGGAAGAACCCUUUACCCUGUAUGGCCCAAAGCAUGUUGAGGUAGGCUUACAAGCACAAAGGUUUAUUUUCAGAGUCCACAGCUGAUGGUACAUAUAUAUAUAUGCAUAUAUGCAGUAAAAAUUGCUUUUGUCAAAAACUUAUUUGAAAAAGAGAAAAAAGAGGCAGAGAUAAGAGGGAAAGCUUGCACUAGCAGUCAGAAGUGCUUGGGUCUUUGCAGAUAGGGGUCCUGCUGGAGGUGCGCUCUCCAGAGCAAACAGCAGCCUCCCACUGUGCUCUUUUUGUGUUCUCUGUAUGUGUUUCCAGGACUUGCUCAGACUCUGCAGGUUGCUCCUGUCCCUGGUGUUUGCAGUGCUGCUCAGGGCGUGCCUGGGCCAGGUGCAGGCAUUGCAUGCUGGCUGUGCAUUGAGCUUCAUGCACAGUUGUUGCUCAGCACCGUGCAUUAUCUACAUAAAGGAUAACGAUCCUGCCAGGCCGAUGCCAGGAGCAACAUAAACCCCUGAACUAUGUCAGCAUUGGAGGGAGAACAAAGGUGCCCUCAACUUUCCUUUUCCUCCUACCCUUUUGCCUUUUCUGCAUUCAGAAAAAGAUGAACUCUGAGUGUUGGAGUCCAUGGGUCACUGCAGAGGCGUAUGUUCCACGUGUAUAGAAACAUAUAUUCUGUAAUAAAAAGCCUUGCUGUUCUGCACCUCGGGAAGUAAGACUUCUGUGCUGCUUUGGCGUAAGUACUGUGCUGUGCUGCAGAACCUUCGGGAAGAGAAUCGUUUGUUCCUUAGAUUGCCUCCCUCACCCUGGGCUCUUUGGAGAAAGCUGGAGAUGUUUGUGUCUGAAAUCCAGGGGCUGCUUGUGAACAGUGCUGUGUGAGGGUGUGCAAGUGGGGUUCAUUUGUAAAUGUUAUGCUUUUCAUUUGCUUGAAAUUGGGUCAAUUUCCAAUCAAUCCUUUUGAAGGAUAAAGCAUGCUUGCUUCAAAAGGGCUUUUGUGAUGACCCCUUACGCUGCUCAUUGAAUCAACAGAAAGAGUUGAUCCCGUGGUGUGCUGAAAAAAGGAGUGCUUUCCCAUGUUUGGGAGGGUUGUAGCAGGUAGCAAGGCCAAUCUCAGCAGCGGCUGCUGCUUUCUGUCAAGGAAAAACGUUAAUUUUUAAGUUUAAUAAUUACCCUCAAGGAAGAGGAAAGAGUUAUUUACUACUCUUGAGAAAGGUUCAGCCAGAAAAGUGGUGACUGCAGGGCUCUGGACAGAGCAUGAUAAUUUCUUUCAAUUACCACUGCAGAAUAGGGGAUGUGUAUCUCCGUGUUUCACCAUCCUGUGGAAAUUUUAGCAUGAGCAGCGGCGUUUGGAUGCAGUGUGCUCAGUUUGAUCUCCACAGGCUGUGGCUGGAAGGCAACACGCCGGCCCCUUGUUCGGCAGCCUUGGCCUCGGCCUGCCCAGAGCAGUGUGUGGGGCUGAGGGCAGCCCUGCAGAGGUCCGUCCUGCUGCACAGCCCUGCCAGGCCGCACGUGAGGAGCAGGCCCAGCUUGCUGCUGGCAGAAGUAGAGCGGUGGUUACUUCUGCAGCUGUGGUGCCUCCUCCUUCCUCUCUUCCAUGUGACGGAUACCCAUCCCUGCAAGCAGGCAGCACGGCGGGUGAGGAGCAGUGGGCUGCCAUGGUGCAGGGCGGCACCGCUGGUGACGUACAACCGAUGAGCGCCUGUUUGCCUGGAAAUACCUCAACUUGUGGGGGCUGGGCCGUCUUGAAUCCCGAGGGCUGUGUGUGGGCUGGCAGCUGCUGGUGGUC